AUGGCACGGUCGACGGUUCUUGCGCUCCUGGCGCUCGUUCUCAUCACCACGCAGUCAUGCCUUGCCGUGGAAUUCUUCGAGUCGUUUGACGAGGAUUACGCUGGUCGCUGGGUCGUCUCUAGCACCGCGGACUACACGGGCAAAUGGAAGUGGGCUCCUGGCGAAGCGUCGGGCGAUUAUGGCCUGCUGGUAACCGAGAAGGCGAAGAAGUACGGCAUCGCAGUGGAGCUUCCGGAGCCGGUAGACCCGAAGCAGGACACCCUGGUGCUGCAGUACGACGUUCGCCUGCAGAACAACCUCGAGUGUGGCGGAGCCUAUCUCAAGUUCCUCAUGCCACAGACGGCGGGCUGGACUCCCAGUCAGUUCAAGGACGACUCGCCGUACUCGAUCAUGUUCGGACCCGACAAGUGCGGCUCGACGAAUAAAGUGCACUUUAUUUUCCGCCACAAGUCGCCCAAGACGGGCGAGUACGUGGAGCACCACAUGAAGAAGCCCGCGUCGCCCUACACAUUCGACAAGCUCAGCCACGUGUACACGGCGAUAGUGUACCCGAACAACACGGUGGAGAUUCUGAUCGACGGCGAGAAGAAGGCGGAGGGGGAUCUGCUCUCCGGGAAGGAUUUCCAGCCGCCCGUGCUGCCGCCCAAGACGAUCCCGGACCCCGAGGAUAAGAAGCCCGAUGACUGGGACGAGCGCGCCAAGAUCACGGACCCCGAGGCAACCAAGCCGGACGACUGGGACGAGGACGCGCCCCGCGAGAUCCCCGACGAGGACGCCACCAAGCCCGAGGGCUGGCUGGACGACGAACCCGAGGAGGUGGACGAUCCUGAAGCAAAGAAGCCGGAGGAUUGGGAUGAGGAGGAGGACGGCGAGUGGGAGCCGCCCAAAACCCCGAACCCCAAGUGCGAGGAGGCGCCCGGGUGCGGCGAGUGGAAGCGGCCGAUGAAGCGCAACCCCGCGUACAAGGGCAAGUGGACGGCGCCGCUCAUCGACAACCCCGCGUACAAGGGCGUGUGGAAGGCUCGGGACAUCCCGAACCCGGACUACUUCCACCUGGAUCGGCCGAACCUGGAGAGCGUUGCUGCCGUGGGAAUUGAGAUCUGGACCAUGUCGGACGGCAUUCUGUUUGACAACAUCCUCGUUACAAGCGACCCUGCUGUGGCGGAGAAGUACCGGAGGGAGCGGUGGGCGCCUAAGUACGCCAAGGAGAAGGAGGCGGAGCAGAAGAAGCGCGAGGAGGAGGACGCUAAGCUGAAAAAGGACUCCGCUGGCAAGGGCGGGUGGGAGAAGGAGCGGUGGGCGCCUAAGUACGCCAAGGAGAAGGAGGCGGAGCAGAAGAAGCGCAACGAGGAGGACGCGAAGCUGAAAAGGGACUCCGCUGGCAAGGGCGGGUGGGAGGUGAGUGGAGGAGGUGUGAGACCAAGUAAGGGCCUUGCUGCAACCCGCUGUGUCGUUCCCCCACAACAGGGCAAGCUGUUUGAGACGCUCCACAAGAUUGCAGACGCGCCCCCUCUCAAGCCUUGUCUCUCGCCCUCUGCCUCUUCUCCUCACCCCACUGCAUCCCUCUCAACCGCACUGCAACCCCCUCUGUCGUCCCCUCAACAGGGCAAGCUGUUUGAGACGCUCCACAAGAUUGCAGACGCGCCCCCUCUCAAGCCUUGUCUCUCGCCCUCUGCCUCUUCUCCUCACCCCACUGCAUCCCUCUCAACCGCACUGCAACCCCCUCUGUCGUCCCCUCAACAGGGCAAGCUGUUUGAGACGCUCCACAAGAUUGCAGACGCGCCCCCUCUCAAGCCUUGUCUCUCGCCCUCUGCCUCUUCUCCUCACCCCACUGCCCUCUCAACCGCACGGCAACCCCCUCUGUCGUCCCCUCAACAGGGCAAGCUGUUUGAGACGCUCCACAAGAUUGCAGACGCGCCCCCUCUCAAGCCUUGUCUCUCGCCAUCUACCUCUUCUCCUCACCCCACUGCAUCCCUCUCAACCGCACUGCAACCCCCUCUGUCGUCCUCUCAACAGGGCAAGCUGUUUGAGACGCUCCACAAGAUUGCAGACGCGCCCCCUCUCAAGCCUUGUCUCUCGCCCUCUGCCUCUUCUCCUCACCCCACUGCAUCCCUCUCAACCCCACUGCAACCCCCUCUGUCGUCCCCACAACAGGGCAAGCUGUUUGAGACGCUCCACAAGAUCGCAGACGCGCCUCCUCUCAAGCCUGUUCGCCCCCAGAUCAAGGCCAUCCUAGCAGAGGCGGCCAAGUACCCAUAUGCAGCAGUGGGUAUCAUCAUCCUCAUCCCCCUCGUGCCUUUCCUGCUGCUCGUCUCUGUCCUGCUCUCCUCUCCCAAGCUGCCGGCUGGUCAGGUCUCCCUUGAGAGGGCCAAGAAGGAGGAUAUUUCCACACCUGAUGACGCUCCAGAGGAGAGCAAGGAGGAGCCACAGGAGGAGGAGGCGAAGGAGAAGGCUGAGGCUGAUGCAGCAGAUGAGCUGAACGAGGGUACCACCGAGCCUGCUAAAGCAGAGGAGCCCGCCAAACCUGCAGCAGCUUCGGAAGCCCAGCCUGCAGCUGUGGAGGAGGAGGCGAAGGAGGGGGGUGAGACCAAGGUGAGGCGGCGCACGCGCAGGGAUUGA